UUGGAAGAUUCUCAUCACUAUAUAUGUGCGCAAUGUCUUAUCUUUGCCCGUUUUCUUUUUCAUGUUCCAUUCCCCGUUGGAAUUAUAGCGCUCGUGGCCCUGGCCUUCUCAGGUUCAGUGGGCAUGACCCUGCUGGUGCUUGGAUGUGCCUUGCCACAGCCCAGCAAUUGGUACCCGUUCUUCGUGCUGCUCUUCUACGUGCUCUCACCCAUGCCAUCACUGAUAGCGCGGCGUUACAGAGAAACUGGUGGUGUCAGCAAUGCGGCCCAAGAGUUAGCCUACUUCAUCACAACUGGUAUCGUCAUCUCGGCCUUUGGGUUGCCCAUCGUGCUGGCACGGUCACCCGUUGCUGAGCCUGUGAUUCAGUGGGGUGCCUGUGGUCUGGUGCUCGCAGGAAACAUUGUGGUCUUCAUCACUAUUUUGGGUUUCUUCCUGGCGUUCGACAGCGAUGAUGUUGACUACAACAUGUGGUGAAUCAGAAGAAGAACAGAAUGCUGGAAUGUACCUCAAAAUUGACUCCCCAUUUGAAGGACACAAAGAUGGCAGACAUGCUCGAAUCUAACGAGGGACAGUUCAGGAGAGGAGGUUGAAGCUUGUCAGCAUUUUCCUUCGUAUAAUUUAUUUGGCCUCAAGAUCGAACAGCAUGGUAAAUUGUUGUCGAAUUUUUUUUUUUCCAAGAGUGACGCGGUCAACUGUCGAGUAAUAAUACUCGACGAGUCGAUUAAUUUAUUUAGAUGCCGAGUGUCUGUGGCAUCAGGGAAUGCUCGUGUGUACAUAGAAACUGAUAUUUCCUUAAAUCUAUUGAACUGUGAAAUGUAACGCAGCUUCGUGUUUUGCUAAACUGACAAAAUUUUCUAGUGUCGAGCGUUGUGGCAAUUUUUUUUAGAAUCUAGGCCCUUUUUGUGCUCGCUGUUUCUGCCACAAUCUGUAGAAGUUGUUUGUGAUGUACAUACAUAAAUGUAAUGUCGGUUGGAAAGCCUGGGCUGCCGUCUAUACCAAUGAAGGCAAUCAGACUCGAAUCACAGCAGGGCUACUAAGGUGUGGCACUAAAUUUACGCAUUAUGCUAAAUAUUGUUUCUCCAAGGUGAUGUCCUCUUUCAACGUUGGACGUGUUCCUCUUGGAAAAACCGUGGUACUUCGUGAAGUGUUUAAAAAGUUAUCGCGAGCAAGUAACGUUCACUUACCUAUAUUUUGCUCACUCACCGUUUGAGCCCAGUCAACUUACGCGUAAAAGUGUGGAAUAAUAACGGGUUAUAUAAAACACUUGUCCGGCACCCCUGUACCCACACUCUAUCCACUGGAUAGCAAAUUUCCAGAUAAGUGAAUCAAGCGCGGGGUUCUAGGACUUCUCUCGUUCCCAAAGGACAUCGUAGAUAAUGGACACUCUGCGCUUUUAGUCCAGGCAUGAAGGUUAGAAAUACUUUCGGAUGAUUUGGAUAGCAGACGCCCACAUAUGGACAUGCCCAGUGGAAAUGGGACACCCCUCGUGUUUCUUAAGAGCCAUUACUACUGUCUAAAAAGGGGCCAAAUAGUUAAAUGUAGUUGUAGAUGAGGCAAUUAAACGUACAAGGACACGCGAGCCUCGCAGUUGCGUCACAUAAUGACAGUUGGAGGAAAGAGCGCAGGAGGCAAUGUUCCUUGAGGCCAAGCCAAGGACAGAGGCAGUUUCCACGAAUCAGGAUGACACUGAUUCCGGAACCGAUCCCAAAUAACGGGAGGGUGUAGCUACAGUCCUCAACUGGAGAGUGUCACGUGCUUCUUUUUUAGCACUGCCAGAUGGAAAAGCAGGGAGAGAGUUAUUUGGAGCAAGGCAGUUCGGUGGUUUGCAGUGUGGUGGGAAUUUGCUAUUUUGUCGCAUAAAUGUUCUACAGCAAAGAAAGCGCAACUACCGCUCUUAUUUCGAUGUAAAAGAAAACGAAGCUUUUAUUUUGCCUUUGUGUUUAUCGCCCCCCGCAAAGUGAAGCGCAAGUGCUUCUUAGUUGCCCUCUUAACAAAGAGAUCAUCGUGACUGGAGAUUUCAACCUUCUCUCAACAACUUGGUUCAUCUUAUUCCGGUAGCGCAAACCUGUCAGAAUUUCGUCCUGAUAACGCAGUUUGUAUACCAAUUAAAUUUCAUGCCCAAGAUGAUAGCACACCGGAUAGUACCUUAGAUUUGCAGUUGGAGAAUUUCUUGGAUAGCUAUAAUGAUUCAGUGUGCUGUAUCCGUUCAUGUAUUAUUUCAUUUCAGCUGAAGGCUUUAUACUUAAAUAAUGGAAAAGUGUAUGUUAUACGUCGCAAAGAAGUUAAAACAAGUGAGGAGGCAAAAUCCACUUGAAGAGAAUGGGUGAACAAACUGUGGAGCAUGAACAUUGUCACGAAUUAGAAGAGCCAUUUGAAGACUUAUCCAGAAAAAACUAAAGAGACAGAUUUGUGUGAGCUUGUCAAGGAUGCAGCUAUGUCCUGGUGCAUUUUGGCCCCAUUGAGGAGAAAAAACUUUGUCGACUUCACGUGGGCGGCCGCUAGUGAUACUGCGGCGAUAUGCAAAGAUAUCGACGCUUACUUUUUCGGGGUUUUUACAACGCAUCACGGGCUUUGUCCUACUUUUGACUAGUAUUGAACAACCUCUUGCAGACAUAGUGCAGGGAACUUUCCAGCUGUUACUUAAGUUUGGUAGGAAGAAGGCGAUAGGUGGAGACAGAAUCCCCAAUGCUUUUUAGUAUGCUACGUCUUUUUCUACGGGAGUGGUUCCAAAACAAUGGAAAGUGGCCAAAGCUAUUACAAUAUACGAGGCUUAUUAGACCCUUUUAGUCAUCCAGUAUCACUGCUACCAACAUGCGGUAAAAUUCUUCCACACAUUGUGAACAGACAUUUGGCUACCUUUCUUGAGGGUAACUUUUUUGUACCCUUUCAGCUUGUCUCAGCUCAUGCAAGACAGCUAAAUGGAACAAUGCAUGGUUUUUCAAAUGUGCUAAUGACCAAACAGAUGUGUUUUGUUUUUAUUUGUCCACAGCCUCUGAUCGAGUAUCGCGUGGAAAAAUAGUACCAAAAGCAAGUAAAUUUCUAGUUCCUUAUGAAAGGCCACGGAUAAACAUAAAAGAUGCGAGCCUGCAUUCCAAGUUUUACAGGAAAGAGGGCAAUAGAAGCCUAGUGAAUACUGAAACUAAUCAGGCCUACCUCUGUCCGCUGCGCUACUCCAGGAGAUCAGCAACGAAAAAUUCCGUAGGAUUUAGUUGGUGAACAAAAGACCCAAAAAAACUCUGCUGAAUGCAAGAAAACGUGCUGUAUGAGUGUCACAAAUAAAAUGUAAGUUGAGGAUUA